CACUGUUUAUCAACUGGCACAUGGCUCAGUCAAUCAUGACGCCGCACGCCGCUUGGGAGUGCUUAACGUGAUGACGUCAGUUGUGUUUUGACGUUCAGAGUCGCUGUAGCGUCAACAGGAGUCAGACAGAGCCAGGACAAGGACAGACUAAUCUCCAUCAUGGCAUUGAGAACAGCUGCGUGCCGUCUCAUGGUCAAUCCUCAGAGAUGUGCCAUGAUAUCAGUCUGCAGAGCGCAGGGAACUGCAGCGCCUGCCAGAAGGGAUGCAGAGAAGACCGAGCAGAAGGCCAAAGCACCUAAGGUCCAGUUCGACUGGCGGGACGCCCUGAACCUGGAGGGCCUGCUGACGGAGGAGGAGAUCAUGAUCAGAGACUCCUUCAGAACCUACUGCCAAGAGAAACUCAUGCCUCGCAUCAUCAUGGCAAACAGAAAUGAAGUGUUCCACAGAGAAAUUGUGUCAGAGAUGGGGGAGCUGGGUGUCCUGGGCCCAACCAUUAAAGGUUAUGGCUGUGCUGGGACUAGUUACGUGGCCUAUGGUUUGAUUGCUAGAGAAGUAGAAAGAGUGGACAGCGGCUAUCGCUCAGUCAUGAGUGUGCAGUCAUCACUGGUCAUGCAUCCCAUUAACGCGUACGGCACAAAGGAGCAGAAAGAGAAGUACCUCCCCAAACUGGCUCGUGGAGAGAUCCUGGGCUGCUUCGGCUUGACAGAGCCAAACCAUGGCAGCGACCCCGGCGGCAUGGAAACCAGAGCCAAAUACAACCCAUCCAGCCGCACCUACUCUCUCACUGGCUCAAAGACCUGGAUCACCAACUCCCCAGAGGCAGACAUCGCUGUAGUCUGGGCCAAAUGUGAGGACGGGAAGGUCCGCGGCUUCAUCUUGGAGCGUGGCAUGAAGGGCCUCUCUACUCCAAAAAUCGAGGGAAAGUUCUCCUUGAGAGCGUCCGCCACCGGUAUGAUCCUCAUGGACGAGGUGGAGGUUCCUGAGGAGAACCUGUUGCCUAAUGUCUCGGGCCUGGGGGGUCCGUUUGGCUGCUUGAACAAUGCUCGUUACGGCAUUGCUUGGGGCGCUCUGGGUGCUGCAGAGUUCUGUUUCCAUGCGGCUCGUCAGUACACACUCGACAGAAUCCAGUUUGGUGUUCCACUGGCAAGAAAUCAGCUGAUGCAGAAGAAAAUGGCGGACAUGCUGACAGAUAUCACCAUCGGCUUACAGUCCUGUCUGCAGCUGGGGAGACUUAUCGAUGAGAAAAAAGCGGCCCCAGAAAUGAUAUCCAUGCUGAAGAGGAACAGCUGCGGUAAAGCUCUGGACAUCGCCAGGCAGGCCAGAGACAUGCUGGGAGGAAACGGCAUCGCAGACGAAUACCACAUCAUCCGCCACGUCAUGAACCUGGAAGCUGUCAACACAUACGAAGGUACUCAUGAUAUCCACGCCCUGAUCCUGGGCAGAGCCAUCACUGGGUUGCAAUCCUUCACUGUGGGCAAAUAGAUCCAACCCUUCAUGUACCGCAGCUCCCGACCAACAGGAGUCAAAAAAAAAAUGUAACUCGCAUGUCAACUCGGCAGUUUUCAGAUGAUCACUACGAACUGUCAUCUGAAUGACGUUGGAAUGUUUGUUUUUCUCCGAGUGCUUUAUUUUGAAAGAAACUUGUGGAUUGUAAUUAAUUAAUCCAGGUGUAGUUUUUUAAAUUUUAAAGAGGGCUAUUUUUCUACUCUCAAUCACACAACACCGUAGCAGGUUUUCAGUACUCCCGGAUGUAUAGACAAA